AUGGAUCUUGAGAAGAGUGCUCUUCAGGCUCUCAAAGCAAGCGAUUGGCACCUCGAAGCAGCGUUUGAUGUGUUUUACAGCCAGCCCCAACCAAGAAGCAAUGCUGAUACAAGACGCUUGGAGGAGCUCUACAAUCGAUAUAAAGGCAAGCUACUUGUUGUUACUCUUGAGUUCAUCAAAGCUAACUUUAAUAUGUUUUUGUCUGAUGGUGUCUCGGUUCUCUGUAAUGAUCUUCAGGUGGAACCCCAAGACAUAGUCACGAGGCUGCAUACAUCAUGUGAUUACCAUCUAUAUAAGCUAUUCAUGGCUCAUAGGUUGUAUACUAUUGAUCCUCUUGGAAGUAGUAUGCUUGGAAGUUCACUAAUCGUAUUUGAUCCAGAGGAGAAGGAUUGGGUAGCUGUGAAAGGUAUACAUGGUUUGCCUAAGCUCUUUUAUCCUGAUGCUAAAAUGACGAAUUUCGGUGGCAAACUGGUGAUUUUGGGUGCUAGUGAGAGGUAUACUGAUGGGGAGAGAGAUAUCUUGUGCGUAGAGAUCGGUUUGGAAAGACGUCAAGGAGGUGAGAUUCGGGGGAAUGUUGAAUCAGUCAAGUGUGUGCUUACAUCGCUGAGUUUGCCUACAAUUGACCUUUGUCGUACUGUUACGGUUAUAAUGCUUCGUGUGGGAUGGUUUCUUGCAGGUGAAGGAUCUUCUUUAUUACAUUUACCAAUUGAGCAGCUUUGUUGA